AGAAGUGAGUUUUGGAUAGUAAAAUAAGUUUCGAACUCUGGCACCUUUCAAUUUUGUCGCAUCCUCCUUGUUUUUGACAAUGCAAUCAUAUGCUUCUGCUAUGUUAAACGUAUUCAACAGUGAUUAUUACAGUCCAGCUGUGCAACAGAAUACUCCCGCUCUCCGGAGAAGCUCUUCCUUCAUUUGCACUGAAAGCUGUAACUCUAAGUAUCCGUGUGAAACGGGAGAAAACAGUAAAGUCAGCGUCCAGGAUAGAGUGAAGCGACCCAUGAACGCGUUCAUCGUGUGGUCUCGCGAUCAGAGGCGCAAGAUGGCUCUAGAGAAUCCCAAAAUGCGAAACUCAGAAAUCAGCAAGCAGCUGGGAUACCAGUGGAAAAUGCUAACUGAAGCCGAAAAAUGGCCAUUCUUCCAGGAGGCACAGAAACUACAGGCCAUGCACAGAGAGAAAUACCCGAAUUAUAAGUAUCGACCUCGUCGGAAGGCGAAGAUGCUGCAGAAGAAUUGCAGUUUGCUUCCUGCAGAUUCCGCUUCGGUACUCUACAGCGAAGGGCAACUGGACAACAGGUUGUACAGGGAUGACUGUACAAAAGCCACACACUCAAGAAUGGAGCACCAGCUAGGCCACUUACCGCCCAUCAACACAGCCAGCUCACCGCAGCAACAGGACCACUACAGCCACUCGACAAAGCUGUAGGACAAUCGGGUAACAUUGGCUACAAAGACCUACCUAGAUGCUCCUUUUUACGAUAACUUACAGCCCUCACUUUCUUAUGUUUAGUUUCAAUAUUGUUUUCUUUUCUCUGGCUAAUAAAGGCCUUAUUCAUUUCA